AUGUCUCUGGACGGUGGGUUCCUCACAGACGAUGAGUUCCUCUGCUCCAUCUGUCUGGACCUGUUCUCCAGCCCGGCCUCGACCCCCUGCGGACACAGCUUCUGCCUCCACUGCAUCAACACCUACUGGGACGGAGAGAGGGUGAGAGGGGGGGAGGGAGGGGGAGAGGGGGGAGGGAGGGGGAGAGGGGGGAGGGAGGCUGAGAGGGGGGGGAGGGAGGGGGAGAGGGGGGGAGGGAGGGCCCCUGCAUCCUCAGUCUCACAGAGAGAGGGGGGGAGAGGGGGGGAGAGGGGGAGAGCCCACUCUUUCCCACAGUCACUGCCACUACCUUUCACCCACCCUGGGAGCUACUCUGUGUACCAGUGUCCUCUGUGUAAGUGUCUCUCUCCCCUCUCUCCCCCCUCUCCCCCUCAGGUGUACCAGUGUCCUCUGUGUAAGUGUCUCUCUCCCCCUCUCUCCCCCUCUCCCCCUCAGGUGUACCAGUGUCCUCUGUGUAAGUGUCUCUCUCCCCCUCUCUCCCCCCUCUCCCCCUCAGGUCUACCAGUGUCCUCUGUUGUCUCUCUCCCCCUCUCUCCCCCCUCUCCCCCUCAGGUGUACCAGUGUCCUCUGUGUAAGUGUCUCUCUGCCCCUCUCUCCCCCCUCUCCCCUCAGGUGUACCAGUGUCCUCUGUGUAAGUGUCUCUCUCCCCCUCUCUCCCCUCUCUCCCCCUCAGGUGUACCAGUGUCCUCUGUUGUCUCUCUCCCCUCUCUCCCCCUCUCUCCCCCCUCUCCCCCUCAGGUGUACCAGUGUCCUCUGUGUAAGAAGGCGUUCCAGAGAAAGCCAGAGCUGCAGAUCAACCGCACGCUGCAGGAGAUCACGGAACACUUCAAAUCCAUGAAGGAGGAGAGCGCCCCGCGGCACCGGAGGAAAUCCUGCCACCACCGCCUGCUGCACAAGAAGACCUCCAAGACUGCACGGCCGGGCAGCCAGGAGAGCCUCCCUCUCGCCUCCUCCCUCCCUCUCGCCUCCUCCCUCCCUCUCGCCUCCUCCCUCCCGGACGCUCAGAGCUACCUGCAGAUCCCAGACAGGACCUCCCCCUCACUGCGAGGUUUCUCCUCCUCACGAUGUGGCUCCUCCCCCUCGCGACGUGGCUCCUCCCCCCUGGCCCUGGGCUCCUCCCCCUCGCAACGUGGCUCCUCCCCCCUGGCCCUGUGCUCCUCCCCAACCGCCCGUGGCUCCUCCCCCCUCGGCUGCUCUCCCCCCUCCAAGCCUCCCCCUCCCCCCCGGUUCAGACACACCUCCAGACAGCGGCGCUUCACUCUGAGUGGAGCAGGAGAAGUGAAGACCCGCCCUCUCUGCAGCUCCCACAGCCGCGCCCUCAUGACGGACCAGAUGUGCAUUUGUCCAGAGUGUGAGGAGCAGGAGCACCCAGACCAUGACGUCAUCAGCAUCGAAUCCCAAUGGAAGGAGACCACGGUACAGUUGUGUUCCUGGGAGAGAGAGGUUGCAGAGAUGAUCAGAGAACGAGUCGCAAAACUAUCCGAGAUCCGAGCCUCGACGUCCAAACUGCAGGCCGCGGUGCAGUGGCAGAGCGAGGCCGGCCUGUCCCUGAUGUCUGCACUGGUGGCCUGUGUGGAGCGUGCUCAGUCCCACCUCCUGGACACGCUGGAGGAGAAGCGGCUGACGUCCGAGCUCCAGGCCGAAUCCUCUACACGACAAUUACGACUGGAACUGGAACAACUGCAAACCAGACAGAGACAGAUCCACCACCUGCGGCACACGGAGGAUCCUGUGGAGGCCCUGAAGACGCUUCCCUCUCUCCCGGCCCCUCCCCUCUCGGACUGGAGCCAGCCCUGUGUGAGUCUGGACCUGGGUCUGGAACCAGUCUUCAAGUCUCUGUCACUGCAGCUGCAGGAGUACCAGGAGGAGCUACAGACCAUCGCAGAGAGAGACGGCAGAGGCUCAGAGCAGCAGUGUGUUAAAGUCUUGGACACAGAUGGUUCCGACGGUUUGGACUUCGCAGAGUCUCUGAUGAUCUGGGACAACGACAGGUUUUCCUUCGACGACUAUUUGGGUCACCUGGUGCUGGACCUAAACCACAUGGUCCGUCCGGUGAAGUCUGCCGGAGCCUGUGACCUGGACCAGCUGCAGCAGCCUCGAUCCAAACUGGUCUCUCUGUUCGAGCAGAAGACCAUGAAGGGCUGGUGGCCAUGUGUGUGCGAGAGAGAUGCAGACAAGACGCUAGCGGGUAAAGUGGAGAUGUCCCUGGAGCUGGUGUCUGAGCUGGAGCAGGAGGAGAGGCCUGCGGGAGUGGGACGAGACGAGCCCAACAUGAACCCCACGCUCCAGGAGCCAAGGCGGCCGGAGACCUCCUUCCUCUGGCUCUCGUCUCCGUACAAGACUCUGCGCUUCAUCGUGUGGAGGAGGUGGAAGGGCUUCAUCCUCCUCUUCCUCCUGCUCUUCCUCCUCUUCCUCUUCAUCGGAGUCUUCCUCUACGCCUUCCCAAUCAACCCUCCGCAGACUCAGACCCGCGGCCGCAGACUGGUCCCGGUUGGAUCCUCAGACGGGGCUGACAGGUCGUUAUUAAGCCCCGUGCGCGCGGGUGACGCACGGACGCACGAGGGACGCGCCGUAUUUAACCCCCGCAUUAACGCCGCUGUCAGAGCUCCCGGUGAUGGAGGUCUGAGCAGAGAAACCUCAGAGAAUGUUUACCUUUCCACAGAGACGUGUGUUCAGUUAAAGCUCAGACGCCUGUCCUUGAGCGGUGACUCUGGUGUUUCCGGUCUCGGUCUCUUCAGAGUGAGUCCUGCGUCAGAGUUCGAGCUGAAGUCAUCUUCACCCCCCCUGCCCCCACACAGAGGCCCCCCCUCCCCUGCCCCCACACAGAGGCCCCCCCCCUGCUGUUUCACGAGCCUCUGUCGCCGCCUCUCACUGGCUCUUGGCUCUGGUCCAGCGUCCAAUCACAGCCCUGUUCCAAUUAAAGACGCCAUAACCCGCCGCCUCAGAGCGGCGAGCCAGAACGCCACCGUUUACAGCCACAGAGCGGCGAGCCAGAACGCCACCGUUUACAGCCACAGAGCGGCGAGCCAGAACGCCACCGUUUACAGCCACAGAGCGGCGAGCCAGAACGCCACCGUUUACAGCCACAGAGCGGCGAGCCAGAACGCCACCGUUUACAGCCACAGAGCGGCGAGCCAGAACGCCACCGUUUACAGCUACAGAGCGGCGAGCCAGAACGCCACCGUUUACAGCUACAGAGCGGCGUCAUGUGACUCUGGGAGCUAG